GCAUUGGGGCUGUGGCCUGAUUUCAUCGCCAGGCAUUGGGGACACACCUGGAGGUGCCAUUUGUCAAGUGGUGAGGUCUGCAAAUUCUAGAUACCUGUGUGUCCCUGGCCUUUGUCCUGGCCCAAUCUACCAUGCCCAGGAAGCCUUGGAAGCAGGAGCUGGCCAACAGCUCAGAUGUGACCCUUCCAGACCAGCCGCUGUCCCCUCCUCUCACUGCACCCCCCACCAUGAAGUCUGCGGAGUUCUUCGAGAUGCUGGAGAAAAUGCAGGGGAUCAAGCUUGAAGAACAGAGACCAGGACCCCAGAAGAACAAGGAUGACUAUAUUCCGUACCCCAGCAUUGAUGAGGUUGUGGAGAAGGGGGGCCCGUACCCUCUGAUCAUCCUGCCCCAGUUUGGGGGCUACUGGAUUGAGGACCCAGAGAAUGUUGGCACUCCGACAUCACUGGGCAGCAGCAUCUGUGAGGAGGAGGAAGAGGACGGCUUUAGCCCCAACACAUUCGGCUAUAAGCUUGAGUGCAAGGCUGAGGCCAGAGCCUACCGCAGGCACUUCCUGGGGAAGGAUCAUCUAAACUUUUACUGUACUGGCAGCAGCCUGGGGAACUUGAUCCUGUCCGUCAAGUGUGAGGAAGUGGAGGGGAUUGAGUACCUUCGGAUCAUUCUCAGGUCCAAACUGAAGACAGUGCAUGAGCGGAUCCCCUUGGCUGGACUGAGCAAAUUGCCCAGCGUCCCUCAGAUUGCAAAGGCCUUCUGUGAUGAUGCCGUGGGGCUGAAAUUCAACCCUGUCCUAUACCCUAAGGCCUCUCAAAUGAUUGUGACCUACGAUGAGCAUGACGUCAACAACACAUUCAAAUUUGGGGUCAUUUAUCAGAAAGCCAGGCAGACCCUAGAGGAGGAGCUGUUUUGGAACAAUGAAGAGAGCCCAGCUUUCAAGGAGUUCCUUGACCUGCUGGGGGACACAAUCACACUGCAGGACUUUAAAGGUUUCCGAGGAGGCCUGGAUGUGACCCACGGACAGACAGGGGUGGAGUCAGUGUACACGACAUUUCGGGACCGGGAGAUCAUGUUUCAUGUCUCCACAAAGCUGCCCUUCACUGAGGGCGAUAUCCAACAGCUCCAGAGAAAGAGACACAUUGGGAAUGACAUUGUGGCCAUCAUCUUCCAAGAAGAAAACACUCCAUUUGUCCCAGAUAUGAUCGCCUCUAAUUUCUUACAUGCCUACAUAGUUGUGCAGGUUGAGAGCCCAGGCACAGAAAUUCCAUCCUACAAGGUCUCUGUCACUGCGCGAGAAGAUGUGCCUGCCUUUGGCCCCCCUCUGCCCAACCCCCCUGUUUUCCAGAAGGGCCCGGAGUUCCGGGAGUUUCUGCUCACCAAGCUCACCAAUGCGGAGAACGCUUGCUGCAAGUCAGACAAGUUUGCCAAGCUGGAGGACCGGACCAGAGCUGCCCUCCUAGACAACCUUCAUGAUGAGCUGCACACACACACACAGGCCAUGCUAGGACUGGGCCCUGAGGAGGACAAGUUUGAGAACGGGGGUCACGGGGGCUUCCUGGAGUCUUUUAAGAGGGCCAUCCGUGUGCGCAGCCACUCCAUGGAGACCAUGGUGGGCAGCCAGAGGAAGCUGCACAGCGGAAGCAUCCCUGGCAGCCUCAGUGGGGGCAUCGUUCACAACAGCAUGGAAGUCACUAAAACUACCUUCUCGCCUCCGGUGGUGGCGGCGACAGUGAAGAACCAGUCUCGGAGCCCCAUCAAGCGGCGGUCGGGGCUCUUCCCUCGCCUGCAUACAGGCUCUGAAGGCCAGGGGGACAGCCGGACACGAUGUGACAGUGCAUCCAGCACCCCCAAGACCCCGGAUGGUGCACAGUCUUCUCAGGAGAUAAAGUCUGAGACCUCAUCCAAUCCCAGCUCUCCAGAAAUCUACCCCAACAAGGAGAAGCCCUUCAUAAAGUUGAAGGAGAACGGCCGGGCCAACAUCUCCCGCUCCUCCUCCAGCACCAGCAGCUUCAGCAGCACCGCAGGGGAGGGCGAGGCCAUAGAGGAGUGUGACAGUGGGAGCAGCCAGCCAUCCACAACCUCACCUUUCAAGCAGGAUGUAUUUUUCUACAGCCAGUCCCCAAGCAGCGAGAGCCCCAGCCUGGGGGCAGCCGCCACCCCCAUCAUCAUGAGCCGGAGUCCCACAGAUGCCAAAAGCAGAAAUUCCCCGAGAUCAAACCUGAAAUUCCGCUUUGAUAAGCUCAGCCAUGCCAGCUCCAGUGCGGGUCACUAGUGUGAAAGAAGAAUUCUUCUCCUGUCCAAGGGAAGCCUUGAUUCUGUCCUGUAGAAGGCUCCUUUUCCAGCAGUUUGGGGGUGCCGUUCACUACUAUGAUCGUCUCUGGCCCAGCGGACCAGCUGUCUGUCCUGUGUCCUGACCGGGUCACAGUCCUGCCGAGUCCUUCGCCAACACAUCUUCAUCUCUGGACAAGACCUUACUCCCAGAGGCUCCCCUGCUCCUGAUCUCCCAAUGUGGUGUCUGUCUGGGUCAUUUGCCAACUUGUUUUGUCUUUAGGAAAGACAGUUGGGGACGGGGGCUCUGGGUACUGGGGCUCCACCAGAGAUAGGGAGCUCAUCUGCUUCCGAGGCAGAGAGACUGGUGAGCUGGGAAGCAGAAGUGACCGCAGAACAUAAGAUGGGCCCCACUUAUCCUCGGUCGCAGUGUAGUGCCCUCCUGGGUACUGUAGGAAGGAGCUUUACCACUACUGUGAGCGGAGUAGAGGUGCAGGGGCUGCUUCCCCAGAGCCAAGAUUUGUAGCAUCUGCGAGGCUGUCCUGAUAAAAAACAGCUCCUUUAUUCCUGUAUCUCUGGAGUUCCAAAAACACCUCCCUGCUCUGUGCUAAGUACUUUGGACCCAUCUGUUGGCACUGGCCGAGGGCUGCUCCAUUCCUGCUGUCAGUGCACUUGGAGCCAGGCUCCAGUGGGUAGAAGCUCCAA